ACUACGAAGAUGAAACUAAAGAACGUAGGCGUGUUUUUAUUGAUUUCUGUCUUGUUUGAAGCGAUGUGUUGUGAAGGGUGUUGGAACCUGGAAAGGGAAGCACUUUUGGGCAUCAAUUUCCGUUUCAACUUUCCAUUCUCUUGGCAUUGGAAUAGCACUGAUUGUUGUCAAUGGGAAGGGGUUGAGUGCAACGCCACCACAAAGAGAGUGGCCAAACUCAAUCUUUAUGACCUGUGGAUGAGUGAUGAGGACAGUCAACAUAAUUGGUAUCUAAAUUAUUCGGAUUUUAUUGUCUUCAAAGAUUUGAAGAGUCUCAACUUGUCAUCAAAUUCCAUACUUGGUUGUGCAGAAAGUGCAGGCUUAGAAAAUCUAGAAGUCAUUGACUUGGGUUAUAAUGAUCUGAAUAAUACUACCAGCGUUCUAUCUUGUUUGGAUGGACUUUCAUCUCUUAAGUCUCUGUAUUUACCACUUAACCGGUUCGAUGUAACUUUAAUCCACGUUUUUGAAACACUAUCAUCAAAGAUGCCUAAUCUGGAGGUCCUUGAUAUAAGUGGCAAUAACUUUUUCUCUAAUGAGUUGUUGCUAUCUCUCGGGGGAUUUGUAUCCUUGAAGAAACUGUAUUUGUCUGGAAUUGGAUUGGACUCAGAUCUUCAUAUUCAAGGUUUAUGCUCCAUGUUGAAGAAUCUUGAGGUCCUUGACUUGUCCAAUAACAACUUCAAUGACAGUGAUAUUGCGUUUGCUCUUAGUGGGCUUUCGUCCCUAAAGUCUUUAAAUUUAGGAUACAACCAAAUUACUCUGAGAUCAAUACUGAAUAUACCAAAAUUGAGGUCCUUGGAAAUCCUUGACUUAGCUGGGAACCAGUUGAAUGAAAGUAUACUGUGGCCUCAAGAUAAUGAUGGAUUUAGUUGGCCAACCAAUUUACAAGUCUUAGGGUUGGGUUCAAACAGUUUCAGCCACAAAAUUCUUUCAUCUCUAAGUGGCCUUGGACGUCUCAAAUUUCUUGAUUUAAAUACCAAUCAAUUGGAAGGAUCGGUAGAUAUAAGGGGAUUAUUGGCUUUAACCAGUUUGGAGAUCCUCGAUCUAAGUGAUAAUGGAAUCAACAAUUUUGUCGUCCAUCAAGGCUCAAAAGGUCUAAGCAAAUUGGAUGUCCUUGUUUUAGACAACAAUGAGAUAAAUGGAAGCAAACUGAGGGAAUCAUUACAAGCAUUCUCAUCUAUCAGGGUUCUUUCAAUGAUGGAAAAUGAAUAUAUAGGAACAAUUGUUGCGGGAGAUUUUCGUGAUUUAAGUAACCUAGAACACUUGGCAUUGGAUUUCAAUUAUAACUUGGACAACGAGUUUUUAAGAAGUAUUGGGGAAUUGACAUCUUUAAAAACUUUGUCCCUUUUGCAAUGUGAAAUAAAUGGCACCCUUCCUCCUGCUGAUUGGUCUAAACUUGCAAAGUUGGAGGAGCUAGAUCUAAGCUCUAACAAAUUUGAAGGGCCACUUCCCUCAUCCUUUGUUAACAUGACAUCUCUCAGGAUGUUGGAACUUUCUAAUAAUCACUUCACUGGAAAUUUUGAUUCCAACCUUGCAAGCUUUACAUCACUUGAAUAUUUUGGUUUCACAGAAAACCAAUUUGAAUUUCCUAUUUCAUUCACGCCCUUUGCCUAUCAUUCAAACCUCAAGUUCAUCUAUGGUGAAGGCAACAAAGUCAUACUUGAUUCACAUCCUAGUUUGCAAACUUGGAUUCCAAAAUUUCAAUUACAAGUGCUUAGUUUGUCUUCAACGACUAAGACAAAUUCUCUCCCACUCCCCAAUUUUCUUCUUUACCAAAACAAUUUGACUAGUCUAGAUUUCACCAGUUGUAGGUUGGAAGGAGAGUUUCCUCAUUGGUUGUUGGAAAAUAACACAAAAAUGACUGAGCUUCUGGUUAGAAAUUGCUCUUUUUCUGGUACUUUCCAGAUACCAUCACACCCCCUCCUUAACGUGAGGAGAAUUGAUGUAUCUGACAAUUUCAUAAUUGGCCAAAUCCCUAGCAACAAUAUUAGUUCAAUUUUACCAAAUUUGCAAUUUCUAAACUUGUCUGGAAACCAAAUCCAAGGUUCAAUUCCUGAUGAGUUUGGCCAAAUGAACAUUUUGAAUACAUUGGAUCUAUCAGAUAAUAAUUUAUCUGGAAAAAUACCCCCGAAUAUAUCUGGAGAUAGGUCUCUACUUAGAUUCCUGAAACUUUCAAAUAAUAAGCUAGAUGGACCUGUGUUUGAAAAUUUGAAAUUCUUGGAGCAGUUGUAUUUGGAUGGCAAUAGCCUCUCUGGAAGCAUACCAAGUGGCUUUUUUGACAUGACUUUGGAAUAUGUGGAUAUAAGCAAUAAUCAUUUAGUGGGGAAGCUACCGUCUGUGGUAAGAAAUUGGGCAUACUUGGAGACGCUUUCAUUGUCCAACAAUCGUCUUGAAGGGUCUAUUCCACCGAGUUUGGCAGAACUUGAUUUUCUAGUGUAUCUAGAUAUCUCACACAAUAAUUUGACAGGCUCUGUACCAUCUUUUGUCAAUUCUUCUCUGAGUUACAUCCAUCUGAGCAACAAUAGGUUAAGCGGCUUGUCCAAGAGUAUGUUCAGCAAAAAUUCUUACAUAGUGAUGCUAGACCUUAGCUACAAUGAAAUAACUGGUAGCAUUACAGAAAUGAUACAAGACCUUGUUAAUGCAAGGUUGAACAUUCUCAUUAUGAAAGGUAACCAAUUUACAGGGCAUUUGCCACAGCAAAUAUGCCAAUUGGUAGAUUUAAGUAUAUUGGACCUUUCUUUUAAUAAUUUUUCUGGUGCAAUACCCAAUUGCUUGGGUAAAAUGCCUUUUGAGAAUGAUGACUUAAAUGCUGCAAUUUAUGGCUAUCUUCGUGGAGAACAUGCUAAUGCAGGAAUUCUAAUACCAAAUAUACACGAGAAGGCAAACUUCACUACAAAGAAAAUGCCCUAUACUUAUACAGGGAGCAUCCUUGCUUUUAUGUCUGGAAUUGAUUUAUCACACAAUAAACUAAAUGGGAGUAUCCCAUUUGAGCUGGGAAACUUGACCAAGGUUCGAGCAUUGAAUUUGUCACAUAAUGAUUUGAAUGGCCAGAUUCCAUCUACAUUUUCCAAUUUGGUACAAAUAGAGAGUUUAGAUCUUUCUUUUAACAAGCUGAGUGGUCAAAUUCCUACUCAAUUGAAUAGACUAACCUUUCUUGCUGUAUUCAUUGUGGCACACAACAACUUAUCAGGUGAAACACCCGAAAGGAAAGGUCAAUUUAUGACCUUUGAUGAAAGCAGCUACGAGGGAAAUCCUUUUCUUUGUGGUCCUCCACUAACAAGAAGUUGCUAUCCUUAUGAACAACCACAUGUUGCUUCAUCAAACAACUCGUACGUUGAUGAUGGGGACAAAGACAGUUUGGUUGAUAUGUAUGUUUUCUGCAUAAGCUUUGUUAUUUCAUACACAUCAGUGUUGUUGGUAAUUGCGGGGACUCUAUAUAUCAACCCUCACUGGAGGCGAGCAUGGUUUUACUAUAUAGAACAGGUCAGCACAAAUUGCCACGACUUUAUCAAGCAACAUUUGUGAAGGUUUCCAAAUUUCAGAAAUCCAUAACAUGCUGCCUUAUAUUUCUAGAAUAUUUAUUUUACUGUUUCUUAAGUGUAGUUCAAUAAUUUGUUCGUGCAUAUGUGUUUAAUAUAAUGAUAUAGAAUUGUUGCUCACAUAAUACUGAUAUUAUUGUUAAAAUUUUCUAUUGUAAAAUGUGGUGUCACCAAUUAUGUAAUUAACAAGUGUCCAUUG